AUGGAUUUACCCGUCAUCGGCGCUCAUUGCUCGCUGGCAACAUGCAAUGCGCUAGACCUACUACCCCUCACCUGCGUCUGCUCGCAACGGUUCUGCAAACACCAUAUCGCGGCUGAUGCCCACGAAUGCCCGGUUGACCGCAGCGCGGCUUCUACUUCAGCCACUUCGCAUCCUGCGCUGAAACGUUGCGCCGUGACUUCUUGCAAUAAACCGAGUUUGGAAGCAUUCAUUGCCGACUCUUCCGAUACUGCCAACCGUAUACCCGCGUUAUGCUCCCGAUGCAAGCUCGCCUUCUGCGUCUCUCAUCGAGAACCCACGUCGCACUAUUGCCCAGCCCCAUCUGAGGCAGAAGAAGCACAGGCUUCCUUAAAACGCAAGAACGAAGCCGCGCACGCUGUCCUCGCAAAGCGGUUUCCCUCCUCUUCAGCCGUAGCUGGGGUGUCGAAGCCUAAGCCGAAGCCUAAGGUACCCACGGACCCCAAGAAGCGAGCGGCCCUUCGCAAGGUCGAAGUUAUGAAGCUACGACAACAUGCUACACCAGUCGACAUGAAGGCCAGCUCUUCGAUUCCUCCAGAGGACCGGCUCUUCUUCAAGGCGCGCACCGCUACUUCAGAAAAGGACCGCUUGUCGUGGAUACGCAAGUCUACGGGAACUGGUCGGGCACUUGACUUACUGGCGUCACAUUUCAAGAUGGCAGCGACAGAUGCGCAACCCCUUCAGCUUCUCAAGGUGGACGAUGCGCCGGACGGAGAACCUCUGGUGCUUAGAAACGAUCUUCCAUUGUCUGAGCAGCUGGUGGACGGAGAUACCGUUCUUAUCUCCGUCGUUUCUCAUACGCACUCCAUCGAGGAAUGA